AGCAAUGUUUCUGUUUCGUGAUGUUACAUGAGUGUGCAAAUCUUAUAGAAUUCGAAUAUGUGCAGAUUUAAUAGAUUAUUAUUUUUUGCCUCUUUGUGUUGGUUUUUUGAACAAGGACUGUCUCAGGUUCGUGGAUGUGAAGGUGAUGUAAUCAGACACGAUAAAGACACAUUAGAUGGGUGGCAUUCCCGUAACGCGGUUACUUUUCGCGACAAUCAAACUGAAUGCGAAAAAGCUGAUGUUUAUAUUUGUGAAGAGCUUCCAAAUGCAAUACCACUCGACGAUGAAAGAUUCUGCAAUAUUCGUAAUGUCAACUAUCACGAGCAAAUUUACCGCUGGGUUUCUGGUCAUCAAUGCCUGUUCUACACUCCGGGAUUCCAUUUUCUUGGUGGCGUUAAUUCCCUCAUCAUGACUGCAAGUUGCUUGUAUGAGCAGCGGUUCGCACCUUGCUUAGAAAUUGCAAAGGAAGAUGGAACAUGCGGUUGCUAUCCUUUCGAUCCUGGUUUUGAAGAGGUUAAGAGGGUUGUGGAAAAUGCUCUGAUUCCUUCAUCCCGCGACCGUUUUCAAAGAUGCUUCCAUGAGGCCAAGGAAUGCUGUGACGAAUACCUGGCAGAAGAACCCGUCACGUCCAAUGAGACCAGAUGCGGUACAACUUUCGAUGCUUGGACAUGUUGGCGGGGCGCGCCUGCUGACACCAUCGCUUAUGAAGUAUGUUCUGAUUUCGCUUACUCUAACUCGGGGCCGACUUGUCACCAUUUCAGCAGCAAAGAGUGUUAUGAGAAUGGCACGUGGGAGCGCAAUACUGAUUAUUCAACAUGCAGUAUCUCUCCGCGCCUCAUCCGUCGGUAUCACUUCCACAUCUCUAUUCUGGCAUUCUCCAUUGUUUCCUGCCUACCAGCUGUAUUCAUAUUCUUCUACUAUAAACGGCUAAGGAUUACGAGGGUGAUAUUGCAUAGAAACUUGCUCAUCGCAAUUGUUAUCAGAAAUAUUCUUGUUAUCAUCAGUAGAAGUGUGAUAUACAUAGACGAACUAAGGAACGCUGAGGACACAGUAAUGUCAAACCACAGUGUAGCAUGCCGUAUGCUCAGCAUAUUGGAGCGCGUCGCUGCCAACGCUGUAUUCGUUUGCAUGCUCAUAGAGGGAAUCUAUCUCCAUCGUCUUAUCGUUGCUGUCUUUAAAAAUAAAAUAAAUAUAAACUUGUUAUAUGUUAUAGGUACUGUGGUCACCAUUGUCCCCGUGGUGGCUUGGGCAACGGUGAUGGGUAUUCACAACGACCAUUCUUGCUGGGUAAUAUACACUGUCGAUAACAUCCAAUGGAUUCUGGAUUCGCCCAGGAUUGCCAUAUUAGUAAUCAACACCAUUUUAUUUGCUGAUGUGCUGAGAGUUUUGUUGACUAAAGUUAGGAACAGCGAGAAUGCGAAUCAACUGAAUACUGCCAAGGCAUCCCUCUUUCUGAUGCCAAUUUUUGGGAUCCAAUUUCUGCUGACUGCGUUCAGGCCGUCCACCACCAACUGUACUGGCGAGCAAGCGUAUUACUACAUCGCUUAUACAGUUGAAGGACUGCAAGGAUUCAUUGUGGCCUUGUUAUACUGCUAUAUUAAUAAGGAGGUUCACAUGUUAGUUAAAGCAACGUACAAAAAAAAGAAAUUGGCAAUAAAAUCUCGAGUUAGAGGCAAUUCCACAUAUCCCAGGAUGAGUACAAACAUCAAUUCUGACAGAAGGCACACUUUCAGUACAGGCUUGGCAUCUCAACAUGUAGAUGAUAAUGACAAAAAUGAUUACGCUACAAUUAGACCAAAUUUACAUGUCGCUGAAAUAAUAUCCAUACAAGGAACUGAAAAAUUAGGUGAGACACUUGAACCCGUUUAUGAAAUAAUUGAUAAGGAUGUACCCAAUGAAGAUUGCUCUUUUGUAAGGUCUGUUGACGAAAGUACUUCUAAACACAUUCCUAACAAAGAAUCGAAAGACGAUAACUAUUAUGGCUUUACAAACGCGUCCAGUGUAUCUAUAGAAUGUCCUGACUGGAUCCAAAGCGCUUCGUCACCAAAUAACAGCAUUUACAAUAAUUCACAAAACGAUUAUGAAAAAAAGUACAUAGACAACAUAAAUCCUAAACAACCAACUGUACCAGAAAUGGGAUUAAGAAAGAGAAAUCCAACACAAGAUAUUUUGGUAGAAACUAUGGCCGAAAAUAAUUCUCCAAUAAUAAAAUUCGAAAAUAAAGUAGCAGAUAUUAAUGCAAAAGAAUUUGUAGAUAAUGAUCAAGAAUACAAAAAUAAACUCGACGAAUUGCAAAAAGGUAAUGUAGAUGAUAAUAACGCAUCCGAUGGCAUUGUAUCUGAUGACAUGCUAGAUGAAAUAAUAAACUACAUUGAUAAUAAUGAUCCAAUAAAGUUGAACCCAGACCUCCUUUCCCCCAAUAGGAAAGAAGAAGAUAAAAUAAGAUUUAUUGACGAAUAAUGAUUAAAUAGUUACUUAAAUAAUAAUUUGUUUAGUUUAACGUUUACAAGUGCUUUGGUAAUCUCCAAAGGGUUGUAAAUAUCGGUGACCUAAAG